GCUCUCUUGAACUUGUAUGAAAAUGAAUUCUUCUUUCUGCAAUAGUGUUCUAGUGAUCUUGCUUCUUGUGAGCUCUUUUGAACCUCAGCCCCUUUGUGGUGCUGAUCCUACCGAUGGAUUCACCCCUGUGCCUCUUACAGACGACAACCUUAAAUUGCAGAGGCCAUAUAAUGUACCCCUACAGGACCGUUACAGUUACGAAAAUGGAGUUCGGACGUUAUGGGUCUACAGCAAUGACAAGCCCUUCAAGCCCGACAGUCUGACCAAGCCACGCACUGAAGUUCGUAUAGCUGGACAUGACUACUCAUCGGGAGUUUGGCAGUUUGAAGGGUAUGCUGUUGUGCCCAAAGGGACCACCGGUGUGGCAAUAGCGCAAAUCCUUGGUGCAGCGGAGGGCGCCACCACUCUGCAGCUGAGGAUCUACAAUGGAGACUUGAAAUAUUAUGGUUCUACGUUGGUGGCAUCAAAUCUGUACGACAAGUGGUUCAGAGUAAACAUUAUCCACGAUGUGAAUGGAGGGAAAGUGAGAGUAUUCAUCGAUGGCGUAGAAAAGUAUGUGGGGAAAGAUAAAGGGAAAGCCACCAUGUAUUUCAAGUGUGGAGUUUACACCCAAGAUGGUUCCAGCAACUACAUGGAAUCAAGGUGGAAAGGGAUCAAACUUUUCAAGAAAUUAUUCGAUCGUACGUGUGAUGAGCCACGUGCCUGAUACAUGCUUGAAUAAACCCUUUACUUUGUAAGGCCUAAUAAAGCAUGAAUAAACCCACAAAUUGAAAAUUCCCAUUUGUUAUGCACCCUCAAUUGGUUGUGAAUAGUACCUGCAAUUUUCUUUUAUCAAAAGAGUUCUUUUCAAACCACCAAGUAUGGACAAUGAAUAUUAAAUA